UUUUGCAUUUAAUUUAGUAUUAUUAUUAAUUAUUAUUAUGAAAGUACAUCACAUAUUCUAAAUAUGAGGAAAUAAAAAGUAAGUGAAAAUUGUAUCCGGUGUACAGACUAUCCGAAUCGCAUAAACACAAAGUGAUAACAGGUCAUAAAAUGGAACGAGUUUUGGUGCACAAAAUUAGACUUGAAUGAGGAUUAUGAAUUGAUGAUUAAAAAUUGGCAGUCAAUAAUGAACUUACACAGAGAUGACUAGUUCUGUUAAUUACACCAUUUGGAAGUCAAUAAGACGUCUUGAAGUCCUAAAUAGGCAUUUUGCGGUAGGCACAAAAGUUUGCUAUUCAAGUGCGGCAAACAAUGUUGCUCCAUAUAUAACUGUUAAACCUUCUAUUGGUAUGGUCGACGAAAAAGUUAACAUACAUAUACGUGGACUGGCCGCUAGACAGGUGGUGACUGUUGUUGCUGAUGUGAUAGAAAAUGGAAUGAAGUUCGAAUCUCGGUGUAUUUACAAGGCUGACAAUAAUGGAGAAAUACAUAAUUUUUCUACAGAAUCCAUUGGUGGUUAUUUUAAAGGAGUUGAACCAAUGGGUCUGUUUUGGAGUCUGAAGUGUUUAGCCGCGCCUAAUCAGUCUGCUCGACUUAUCAAAAAAGACGUCAGUACACCAAUGAAAUUCAACAUAAAAGUUUAUAGUGACGCCCAUGAAGUACCUAUACAGUCUAAUGAUCCUAUAACUGGGACACAAGUUGAAAGGUUAUAUAAAAAGCCCGGGGUGAGAAGAAUACCGUUAACAGGGAAGAUCAAGGGAGCAUUAUUUAUUCCAGAAGGAGACGGCCCUUUCCCCGCGCUGACUGAUAUGUACGGGGGACUUGUGAGUCUUAUAGAAACACGUGCAGCGUUGUUAGCGUCACAUGGUUACGUCACAUUGGCUUUAUCAUAUUUAUACAGUGAAGGACUUCCCAACCAGAUAUAUGAAGUGAAUUUUUCCUAUGUUACGGAUGCAUACGAAUGGUUGAUUGAACAAGAUUUUGUUGAUAAGAACAGACUUGGAGCCGUUGGACUUUGCUUCGGUGGAUUUUUGUCCCUGGCUUUAACAUCCAUUUAUCCACAAAUACGUGCUGUUGUAAACAUCAAUGGAAUUACUAUAUCACCUGAACAUGGUAACAUCGUUGGUCAUUCGGAUGAGUGGCUGGAUAGAACUAAAGUUUACACCACAGAGGAGGGGGUCGUUAUCAAUGACAUAUACCAAUGUGAAAACCCUUGGCCUAUACCAGCAUGGCAGCAUGGCGCAAAAAUUCUAGCUAUAAUUGGCGAGGAUGACAAACAGGUACAUCCGAAAUGGCACAGUUUUUUCUACGAGAAAUGUCCCCCAAAAUUUAAGGAAAAUAUCACGAUGUACAGAUAUCCAGGUGCCGGACAUAUGAUUGAGCCGCCAUUUGCACCUCAUCCAAGAGCCGUUACUCCUGGUCGAAAACGUAUGCAAUCAAUAAACUUUGUUCCAGAAAAGUUUCAUGAUGAAGAUAUGAUGUCAGGAGGAUGGCCGGAGCAGCACGCGCAUGCGCAAGAGGAUUCUUGGGAGAAAAUGUUAUCUUUCUUAGAAGAGAACGUGAAAAAUGUCAGACACUGAGUAGAGCAAAACGUGAAGAAGCAAUAUCCGGUGAAAAUAUCUUGUUUUUGCUCUUUUUUUUUUCGAAAUAUUUGCAAAACUAUAGUGCUGAUAUAUAUAUAACAUAAUCAUAAAAGAAGCAAUCACAAUUCGGACUUUUUCCUAGACUAGCUGAUGACAAAAUCAUAAUGAAGUGAAUGCGUUGAUAAGAGAUGACUAUAAAUAUAGCUGAUUGAACAAGGUGAAACUAUUAGCUUGAAAAUUAUUUGGAUUUGAAAAUGUGCAAUUAAGAACAGAAGAGCAAUUUAGAGUAUUAGCAGUAAUACUGUUAUUGAAUAUACUAUAACAAAAGAAAAUCUGAAAAAUGAAACGGCAUGGCCAUGUCCUUGCUUUUGAAAAUAUUCUCAGAAACAAGUGUGACAUUCAUAAGUGAGCCAUGUUCACAUCGAUACCAUUGAUAUUAAAAUGUACUACAGACCCAAGAAAAUUAUUUUAUGAAGAAAAAAAAAAAACAAAGUUGUGACUUAACAUUUUAGUAAAUGUGGCGGUGCUUACUUUAUAUUCACUUGCCCUGCUUUCCUUUUAUUGUAUUUUAAUCUGUAUUGACAUUGAU